AUGGAGCCCGACGGUUUGCGUGAAAGUCCGGCGGGUUCCGGAGGCCCGGAACCGGGCGAUUGGCGGGAGGAGACGCCUGGCGAGGAGGCGGAGGAGAAAGACCGGGGGCAGAAAGGGAGAGCAGGGAAUGGUGGAAACGCCCAAAAUUUGGAAACGACAGGGGGCGAAUUUGAGAAGGAUGUGAUAAAGCUGAAGGAGAAUACAGAAAAUGAAAACGGUAAUGAAAAUAAUAUUGAUUACAACGGAGAAGAGGACAAAAAAUAUGAAGAAGAAUUAGAUCCAAGAAUUCAGGAGGAGCUGGAGCAGUUGAACCAAGCGAGUGCAGAAAUCAACCAGCUGGAGCUGCAGCUGGAUGAGGCGCGCUCCAGUUACAGGAAGAUCCUCACCGACUCGGCCCGGAAGCUGAACACUCAGGGCUCCCAGCUGGGCAUGUGCAUCGAGAAGGCCCGGCCAUACUACGAAGCUCGGCGACAGGCCAAGGAGGCUCAGCAGGAGACUCAGAGGGCGGCGCUGAGAUACGAGAGGGCCGUUUCCAUGCAUACAGCAGCCAGGGAGAUGGUGUACGUGGCGGAGCAGGGGCUGCUUGCUGACCGGAACACACUAGACCCCACUUGGCAGGAAAUGCUGAACCAUGCCACUGCUAAGGUAAACGAGGCGGAGGAAGAACGGCUGCGGAGCGAGCGGGAGCACCAGCGCGUCACGCAGCUGUGCCAGGAGGCCGAGGCACGGGUGCAGACCCUGCAGAAGAACCUCAAGAGGGUCAUCGUCAAGUCCAAGCCCUACUUCGAGCUCAAGGCCCAGCUCAACCACAUCCUGGAGGAGCAUAAAUCUAAAGUAGUCCGGCUGGAGGAACGUGUGUCCAAGGUGAAGACCCGUUACUCGGUGGCCCUGCGCAACCUCGAGCAAAUCAGCGAGCAGAUCCAUGCCCAGAGGGGGCGCCGACGAGCUGCAAGGAGGACGCGCUGCACCUACGAGGGGCGGACCUCUCCCAUUGGGGCGGAGUCGGAGGGAGGGGCUUCCGGAGGAGAGGUGGAGAGCGACUGGGUGCUCAGUGAGAAAACCAGACAGUGGGUGGAGAGGCACUCGGAGAGCGGCUGGGGGGUGAGGGAGCGGGCCGAGAUGGACCGGGCCGGGUCCGACACCAUGUCCGUGUUUAGCCUGAGGACCAUCGCGUCUGACCUGGAGAAGUGCGACUCCGUGGAGCACUUGGGCAACCUGAGCGAUGUUGUCAGUUUGGUGGGGGACGAGGGCGAGAAAGACAGGGGCAAGACUGAUGCUCUGGAUGCAGUGAGACGGGGCCAGGAGGCCUGGGACAGGGAGGCGGAGGCGACGGUGGUGGCAGCGACGGAAGGAAGCGAGAAGCAGAAGAGUUUCCUCAAACAGCAUCACAGGAGUGUGAGUCUGUGAUCUCUGCUCAUGUCACAGGAGUGUGAGUCUGUGAUCUCUGCUCAUGUAUGGAGCAGAGUGACUUAUAGAUGAUCAGACAGGGAUGGGAAUUAGUCAUAAUUGCAGAAAAAAAUGCUAGAAGGGUUAGCUAGAGAUAAAAAUGGAAAAUAAGUGAAACACUAACAUGGCAUUCGAGAGCUAGCUUUAAUACACCAUGGGCGUACUAAUCGAUGGCGGCCAUAGAUGAAGAGAUCCUUCGUCUCUUCAGGACCACCAUCAGCAAGUGAAAUACUGGCACUGUGCACCGAGGGAUGAUAUUGAUUGACUCGCACGGAAGCGGAGCUUAUCGGUUUCCAUACCGCUGUACUUGUAGCUCAGAGGAAGUCGAGUGAAAACACUUCAAUUUGUGCUAUAUUGGUUAAACUCUGUGUCGUGCAUUUUUCUAGAAAUGUUUUCAUUUGUUGUAGAUCCUCUUGGCUGACUGGAGUAUUAACUUAUUACUUAAGUCACUUUAUGAAAACAAAAUAAUCAUAGUAGUAACUUUGAAUUGAGUGGUAAAGGGUUUUUAGUUACUGGCUGGGAAAUCAAGCCCAGUUCCUGGAUAAUACUGUUACUAUAGGCUAAAAGGAAGACUACUGAAGUACUGGGGAAAAAAAAGCCACACAAUUGAAAGCGGGGUCCUUUGGUGCCCAGUUCCGGACCUCAGCGGGCUUUCCUCUUCCUCCGUCCGCGCUUAGUUUGGACGAGGGAAGUCCUCUCCGUCCGCGUCUUACCGCGCUAUGGCCUUAACGAGAAACCAGCCGUUUUCUGUAGUCGACAAUGACUCGCCGAGUUGUGGCGUCUUUGCAAAAUCUUGGGAACGGUCAGUAUUCUGGACUUGCGUCAACUUUACUGUCAGAGGGAGUCUUAAGUGCCUUUUAGCUGUGAAGGAAGGCGAGGUCUUACAGCAGGGCAUAGAGGAGUCAACACAGAAAUAGCGCAUAAGAUCUGUGGUUUCACCCGAUCCAACUUACCCGCUGGUCACUUUAACAGAUGUUCUCUCUUGCUCACACAAGAGGCCACAUGUGCGUCACCUCUAGUUCUGAAACCCUCACCUGCUUCUCAUGCUAGAGAAGCAUUAUAAGCUGCCUGAAGUUGGCACCUUCUUGGUAUUUCCCCCCCCCUCCCCCCCAAGAAAGUAUAAUCCGAACUUCCAAAGGGUCCUCUGAGGUUGGUGCCGGAUUCUUUAAUGAAACAUGACAAGCUCCUCGCGCCACAGAAACUCUGCCGCUGCUCGGCUACAGCACAAGCCCGUUACGGAUUGCAGUCACGUCCUAUCAAAGGGCAGAGUCUCACUCUGAAAACAAAGAAUUUCAAUGAAUUAAAUAUCUUCUUGACAGGCAUGCCUAAACUAAUGCUUUGGCAUGGCAUGAUGUUCUAGCACGCACUGAUUUAUUUUCCCUUGUUUGAUUUUUUUUUGUUUGUUCUUAAAUAUGUCAUAAUUAGUUUUGGUUUCUCAGCAGGUACUUAUAAUCAGUAGAGCACUUUUAUAAGGUGCCUUUGCCAUAUGAACAUGUAGGAUUAUAAAGAAAAUUGAAUUCAGGAGAGCAUGCACGGUAAUCCUGUUCCUUGGGCUUUAAUGAGAUGCCCCUCGCCGUUACUUUGCAGCUGAUUGGUUUAUCAUCCUUCUGCUGGUCCUUGGUCCUUCCACAGGCUUCCUCUUGGGGCUCAGUCGAUGCGAAGGCUCCUGUUCAGUAAUUUAGAGUCGAAGCUUCUCUGACUCUGUGCCGCUCCCUCCUGGGCAGAGAUGGGACCGGUUGAGCACAAGGCCACACCUUGUAUAAGCUGUAGAUAUUUCGAUGUUUCUUUGUAGCGAUAACCUUGCGCGGCUGCUUUCAGUGUUACAGGCACACUGGCGAUCCUUAACGAUCUCAGCUCAAACUGGACCUCGAGCAUCACGUCUCCUCUGCCUCUCUCCUGCCCCGCCUCGCCUCCCCCGACGGUUUCUCGUGACUCCCCUCACCCCUACGCUCCCCCCUCCUUCCCAUCUAUUCUUUUGCUCCUGCUCCCUCUGCCCUUCCCCUGACACUGAUCUGUGACACUCUGGGUGAGUGAGCUGGCGAGGGACGUCCCCAGCGAGCCUCGCUCCCGGAUAGGAGAUCAGCGCUUCCCAGCAGAGCCUCAGCAGAAUGCCUCACCCCACAGCCCUGUCUGCUGUACAUUUUCCUGAGCUUUUUCCUGUUUUCUUUUUUUUUUAAAGCUUUCUCCAAGUGUGAUGUCUUUUGAAAAGUGAAGUAGACGUCUAAUAAUUCAGAUGAUGUGCUUGAUGAUGUCAUUAACGAUGUAAAUGGUAACUUAUGCAACCCUAAAUCAAAUAAAACUUUUAUUUAAUAUCU